GUUUUAUACCACAAGUUUUUAUAAAAUUAGUUACUCAUUUUGAAAUACGAUUACAAUUACUACUAAAAUUAUGUAGCAAAUCCUUUUUGUCCCUAGCAAAGAUUAGUGUGAGAAGUAUUACACAGAUCAGAGUGAAUCGUUGUAGAGCAGUGGUUCUCAAGCAGGGUGAUUUUGCAUGCAGGUGACAUUUGGCAAUGUCUGGAGGUGGUUUUGCCUGUCAGGCCUCUAUAUGCUGCUGCCACCUAGUGGACAGAGGCCAGAGAUGCUGCGAAACAUCCAACAGUGUACAGGAGAGCCCCCCACAACAAAGAAUUAUCCAGCCCAAGACGUCAAUAGUGCUGCUUUUCUAGAGAAAUAAAGAUCACAUCACGCAGUAUUUACUGAGCAUUUACUGUUUUGUAUCUAGUGCACCACAUAUAUAAUCAUGAAAGGAUAAAGCAUGAUAUCUUCCACAGUGAGAUUUCUUUAAGUGUAUGGAGGGAGUAGUGAUGUUAUGUUUCCUCACAUAGAAAUUAGAAUUAUUACCAAAGGAUAAAUUCUGAAAGAAUGUAUAUUUUUCUUCUUCUGCUGCUUGUCUUUUCUUUGUAGAAAUCUAGGUUGCAAUCUACUCACAGAACUGAGCUUUGGAACGUUUCAGGCCUGGCAUGGAAUGCAGUUUUUACAUAAGUUAAUUCUCAAUCGUAAUCCUUUGACAACAGUUGAAGAUUCUUACCUUUUUAAAUUGCCAGCGUUAAAAUAUUUAGACAUGGGAAGAACACACGUGUCACUUACAACAGUUGAAAGCAUCCUGAUGAUGAACCUUGAAUUGGAGAAACUGAUCUUACCCAGCCGCAUGGCCUGCUGCCUCUGCCAAUUUAAAAAUACAGUUGAAGUUGUCUGUAAGACAGUCAAGCUGCGUUGCGAUGGUGAAUGCCUGACAAAUGCCGCACCUUGUGAUGAAGAAGCAUCUCUAGGGAAUGCAGAAGGAUCGUUCAUGAAGGUGUUACAAGCCCGGAAGAAGAACAACAGCACCGAGCUGACUAUUGAGCCAGAGAGGGCAUCCUCAGACCAAAGUGCUGUCAGCUUGUCAACCUUCAUGAAUGAGCAGCUGGACUCGAAUGCUGAAAGUGAUGUUAUCGGUGCACUAAACUACUUACUGCCUUAUUUCUCAGAGGGAAAUCUACGAGAUGUGGAAUCAACAUUAUUACCAGUCAUUCAGCUUCUUUUUCCAAAUGUACAAGAUGCAGAUACGCUGCUGGGCCAUUUGAAAAACAAUAUAAGGAACCCUUCCAUCAACCCUAUACCCAACAAUUCACCUUAUAAAAAUAAAUUGAGGAAACUCUAUUUUCUGGAAAAUUUGUUAGAUGCAGAAAUUCAAGAACAAAGUGAUGAGAUUAAAAAGAAAGAAAAAACUGCCAUGCUCAUACAUUCCAAACUUUUAGGUCCCAAAUUGAAGCACCAAAUCUUUCAAAAGAAAUUGGAAACUGCCGAACCACAGGAAAACAGCCUAGCAAAGACUGAGAGUGUAGGGGAAAGGCUGCUGAGAGGGAACAGCGUCCUCAAGGACCCAAGGGGCAUAAAGAAAAGGCACUUCAAAGCAGUGGGAGAUGAGAGCGUCAGGAGGAAACAGAAUGCCCAGCCAUUUGUGGAGAACACUGCCAGAGAAAGAAGUCUCACGAGGCCAUCCCCAGUAGAGCUGGAACAGCUUCACGUGGUGCAGAGGCCCCAGGAGUUAGUGGGAAACUCCUUCACCACAGAGCCUGCAUUCAUAAAGGAAGAUAAGGCAGCAGCCUCUUCUUUCCUGAAACAGUAUUCAAGGGGCAGGCUUUCUGGCUCCAUCCCUCCAAACUCCCCAUCUCAGGUUAAAAAGAAAUCAAAAGACUUACCCUCCACUAUUGCUGUUUUAGAAGAUGCAUAUGCUAGAGUUAUAAAUCUGAAGACUUCUCAACUAAUCUCACAUUCCGGGAAAAGAUACAUCUUCCAUAAAAUUCAGUCUGGUCUGGUCCAGAGAAGACCCAAAGCCGAAUUGCGUGGAGAGUUCACAGAGAAAGGUUCUCCCAGUAGAACGAUGCUCGUGAGGCGUCCUUUCUCAGCAGUGAGGAGCCUCAUAAAUUCCCCUCCAAGAGAGGCUUUUUCAUCUUCAGGAGAACUGACUUCUCAAGAAAAUCCUUUUCCAGAAUUAUUUUCUCUUGCAGACCCUUCUACAGAGAAGCCUACUCCAGAAAGCAAUACUGCACAAAAUGUCUUUGAAGAAAUUACAAACUCUAUUCUGCCAGGAGGAACCGGCCCUGGAAUCACUGCCCAUAAGAGUGUCCCCACGGCACAUUCUGCUGUUGCUGCAGACAACUUUAUCCCAACUGUUCAACACACCAACGAAGCACAGUGGGAGGACCACAGCGUGGGCACUGAAUUAUCCUCUAAGCCCCCAGGCUCCACGUUCCCAGCACUCACAUCCCCGGGUGAUCAAUUUGAAGCUCAGCUAAACCAGCAGCUAUCAUCCCUCAUCCCCAACAAUAAUGUGAGAGGGCUCAUUUCUCAUGUUACCCGGACUCUGAAAAUGGACUGCUCGGAGACCCACGUGCAGCUGGCCUGUGCCAAGCUCAUCUCCAGCACAGGCCUCCUGAUGAAGCUCCUCAGUGAGCAGCAACAAGUAAAGGCAUCGAAGGCAGAAUGGGAUACGGACCCGUGGAAAACCGAGAACUAUAUCAGUGAGAGCGCAGGAGCCCAGGGUGAACAGAAGGAGCAGGAGCCCAGUGAGCUCACAAAAGAAGUCCCAGGAUACAAGUAUAACAAGAAACUCAUCCUGGCAAUAUGUGUAACUGGAGCAGUGAUGACUUUCAUUAUCAUUUUCUGUCUCAUUCAGAUUCAUGCUCACAGGGUAGCAGCAGCAGCAGCAGCACAGGGAGAUGAAGAAACAGGGCAACUGCCCAAGGGCCACAAAAGGGGCUUUUUUCCCUUUCUUCUGCGAAAGAGAAGCUCAAGGGAAGGCGAGAGUCAGGUAACUUUGAGGAGGGUAACGUACUGUGGCUGGAGAAAGCAGGGGGAUGCAGAGUUAAUAUUUCCCUUUCUGUGUUCUAGGAGGGCUUUCACUGGAGAAGGCGGCCACUUUGGCUUAGGGAUACACAUAGACCGCUCAGCGCCACACGCAAGAAAAACAUGGCACAGAAGCUACACGACCAGGAGUCUUCUGAUGAGGAUGAGAUUUUCCAGAAGGAUGCGGGGGAAGGCAGCAGAACCCCAGCAGAGGACGUUUAGGCUGCAGAUUCGGCUGCUGGGGAGACGGGUGUGGAAAGUGAGGCCGCAUACGAGACCGCGACAGUGUGAGCCCCGUCCUGCCUCAGGCCACCUGCACAUUUCAUUUUCCAGGAUUGGCUUCUCAGCAUCACUUGUCAAAUGCUUCUUUUUCUCAUUUAAAAAAAAAUACAUUUAUUUAUUUAUUGGCUGUGUUGGGUCUUCAUUGCUGCACGCGGGCUUUCUCUAGUUGUAUUGAGCAGGGGCUAGUCUUCAUUUCAGUGCACGGGCUUCUCAUCGCGGUGGCUUCUCUUGUUGUGGAGCAUGGGCUCUAGGCGGGUCGGCUUCAGUAGUUGUGACACAUGGGCUCAGUAGUUGUGGCUCAUGGACUCUAGAGCACAGGCUCAGUAGUUGUCGCGCACAGGUUUAGCUGCUUCACGGCAUGUGGGAAGCUCCAUGACCAGGGCUCAAACAUGUGUCCCCUGCAUUGGCAGGUGGAUUCUUAACCACUGCUCCACCAGGGAAGUCCCUUCACUGAAUUUUAGAUUCUUUUCCUGUAUAGGUCAUUACAGAGUAUUGAGUACAGUUCCCUGUGCCUACACUAGGUCCUUAUUAGUUACCUAUUUUUUUGUUUCUUCAUCUUUACAAUGGAAAUUCCCUUGUAGGGCUAUUUGAGAAUCAAAUGAGAUGCCCAUGAGUGAGUUGCACACAUAAGCUUUUCCAGUAGGCCCCAGAAACGGCUUCUGAACAUCGAGCACAUCAGGUAGAAUUUUCACGUGUCAAAUGGAAGGAUUAGAUAUAACGUGCUGGGAAGGAGCAGCCCCUCCCCAGAGAUGGCUGGGCCCAUGGCGUGACUGAGGCUCAGUCACCUGUCUCAGCCCAUUGACCAAGGGCCCCGGGCACUGCUUUGAAAUUCAUCCCUGUUUUUGUGCUAAGGCAAUGCCUCCCACAGGCUUCUCCUGACCAGUGAUUGAGUGCAAUGGAAAUACUGCACUCAGGGGGGCCUGUUCCUAGGGGAUAGGGGUUGGCUGACUUUGACCACAGGAUUCCUGGAAGGCCUUGCUAGACCUUCUUUAGAUUGCAUGGCAGUAUAGGAUGCUUCCACCCAACCUUUUCUUCCUCUCUCCUUCACUUGGUGUCGGAUUUGCAUUGCAGCCUGACAGCCUCUCGGGUUUCCUCCCUAUUUCUCUUACACAGGCAUUUCUCCUAACAGUGUCUAUGCAUGUUUCAUCCUGCUGCAGCUUCUGCUUUCUUGGAGGGCCUGGACUAACACAUUCAGAGUGACAAUGACAAGAAAUGGGUAUUAUAUCCCUCUUGCCAAUUAGCAAACUGUAUAUGGCUUAUCCUAAUAAUUCUAUCAACAUGUAUAACCUAUCAUCUUUCCUUUGGAAAAUUCCCAGGGCCUUUUCCAAAGAUUAACUUCACCUUUUACUGUAGAUUGUGGCUGCCUCAAAGUAAGAGAAAUGAAAUAUAUUAGUGGAAAACACAUAUCAGAAAAUAUUCCGGGAUAUAAGAACAUUAAAUAGGAGGUCAAAUGAUAGAAUUAUCAUACAAUUAAGGCAUGAAGAAAAAUACAAUUACUAUAAAAAGUAGGAUCCUAGGCUUAUACUAACUUCUCACUCACCUGUAACAGCUUUCACUCCAUCCAUCACCUUAUUCAGAUCAACUUUUCCAUUAGCUCUGAGGAAAAGCGCCAGUUCAGACGUGUAAUCAAUGUCAAGAGCUCAAACAUACAAAGGAUGUAUACUGAUGGGAAAUUCCAGGGAAAUUCCAUUGAUGUCAUAAUUUUACCCAGACUUAUAUUAAACCUCUGGAUUUCAAGGAUUUAGCUGAUCUCUAUAUUUUAAAAAAGAUGUCUUGUAUAUUAGAGUUUGCACAGGGGAAAAAGUACUUUUUCCAGUGUUUUUCGAUCAUUGGUGUUGGUCAGCUGUCUGGUAACACUUACUUCAGGUACUGCUGUCAGCUAUUUGUGCCCUAGCUCGAACAGGAGCCACUGGUUCAAACUAGGUUGUUAAAUGAAUGCAUCCUGGAGCGUGUAGUGUCUGAGAGAGUUAAAAUAUCAGAAUUCAACUAAGGGAAAGGGGGAUAGAAAGAGUCUUCUACACCGAAGAGAGGCUGAGAAAUGUGAAGAAAAAAACCUAGGUACAAUGUAUGCAGAAGUAGAGGCAGUUUAGCACCGAAGAAGAAUGAAGUACAGAUUAGGGAGAGGAGUUCAAGAGAGGCAGGCUGAGCUCAGAUCAUUGAGGAAUUUGCAAGCUACUGUAGGAAGCUUAGAUUUAUCUAAAUACUAGGUUAUGUGACGUCUUUGACGGGUUAUAAGUUCAGGAAUGAUAUGGACCAAUUUGUAUUUUAUUUCAUUUUUCUUUAACUUGAAUUUAUAACUACAUUACUAUGAAUUGCAUUUAUAUUAGAAUAGAUAAGUGAUGGCAUCAAAAUGGUGACCAAGAUAGGUCAGCCCCAACUUCCGUUCCCCUCACAAGUCCCACUUGCAAGUAUACACAGACAAGACACCUUUGUGAAAAUCCCAGAAUACGGUGGUGAGGCUGAAGCACCUCGCUGGACCACAGACACCAAGAAGGACUGCAUUAGAAGGGUAAGAGUAUCAGCUGCAUUCUGACCACACUGCUCCUCUUCCAGACCGGCACAGUACUGCACCGAGAGGGCCUCCAGGCUUGUGGUUUCUCCAGGGGGAAAAAGAGUGCCCGAGGUAGAAAUCUAGCUCCCCGAUAGUUGUGGGUUGCUUCCUGGGAGGCCCACUGGGUCUUGUCUCAUGGGUAUUGUGGGGAGAAUCCGUGGUGCUUGACCACUGGAGAUCAGCUCAAGAUGGGGAAGGGGAGCAGAGCUUACAGCAACCAGAACUCAGAUUUUGGCAGACUGUGUUUCUCCUAGCAGCGGUGCCUGAGGCGAUAUCCCAGCCAGAGGCUUUGCGCAUCUGCGGAGCAGGCUGCUUGGACCGUCUGGCCGGGGAACUCAGUGUAAAAUCCUGGCAAGCUGGGCUGGCCUUGGAGCCUGUUCUGCCAUUCUGCCCAGGCGGGGGAGCUAAUUAGAAGCCUACCUACUGCUGAAUAUAGCCCCCGGCUUGGCCCAACCAAGAUGCCUAAUCAGAGCACACAGGAAGCUGUGUACCCAUCCUAAACUCCCACGUAAAGCAGCUCUUGAGCAGAGAACCCAGCCAGCGCCUCUACCCAUUUUCAGAGCCCGGUUAGUAGCCCCAUGUAGCCAGGGAGCUCAGGGCAAAUUCUGCCUUUUAUUGUUCCCCAGCCAAUAAGCCAUGCGGACCUUGGAGUCUCUUCUGCAACCCCACCCAGGCAGGGAAGCAAAUUAAUGGCCCCUGCCUACUGCUGAGUACAUCCCUCAGUCCUGCCCAAUCAAAAAGCCGACUGAGAGUUCCUGGGAAACUGUGUAGACCACCUUGCAGCCCCACUUGUAGAAGCACCCAAGCAGAGAACCCAACAGUGGCUCUGCCAUCUGCAGAGCUGAGCUGGUGGCACUGUCUGCCCAGGGAGACUGAUGGACAGCCUUGCCUGAUUUGAGUACCCCAAUGAGUUGUACCAGUGAUGGAGUCUGUCCUACAGCCCCACCCAGGCUGGGAAGCAAAUUCAAAGCCCUGACUAGGGAUGUAUAUAGCUUCUGGACACAUCUGACCAAGAAGCAUAACAAGAACACCUGGGAAAUUGCACAGCCCAUCUAAUAGACUGGUUUAAAAUGAUGCCUGAGUGUAGCCAAAAAAAAAAUUGACAACCUAAGAGAAAUGGAUAAGUUCCUAGAAGCAGACAACCUACCAAGACAGAAUCAUAAAAAAAUAGAAAAAUCUGAACAGACGAAAACAAGUAAGGAUAUUGAGUCAGUAAUUAAAAUCCUCGCAAGAAAAGCCCUGGACCAGUGGUUUCCCUGGUGAACCUUACCAAACACUUAAAAAAGAAUUGACACCAAUCCUUCUCAAAAUCUUCUAAAAAAAUGGAGAAUUGAACACUUCAAAGCUCAUUUUAUGUGGUUAACAUUACCCCGAUACCAAAGCUAGAUAAGGACACCGCAAGAAGAGAAAACGAUAAGCCAAUAUACUUGAUGAACACAGAUGCAAAAAAUUUCAACCAAAUUCUAGCAAACCAAAUUCAACAUUAAAAGAAUCAUACACCAUGAUCAAGCGGGAUUCAGCCCUCAUAUGCAAUGACGGUUCAACAUACGCAAAUCAAUAAAUGUGGUACACCACAGUAACAGAAUGAAAGAUACAAAUCAUACAAUCAUCUCAAUGGAUGCAGAAAAAGUAUUUCACAAAACUCAGCACCCAUUCAUGAUAAAAACUAUCAAUAAACUGGGUAGAGAAGGAAUGUACCUCAAUAUAAUAAAGGUUAUACAUAUGACAAGCGCACAGUUAAUAUCAUACUCAAUGGUGAAAGACUGAAACCUUUUCCUCUAAGAGCAGGAAUAAGACAAGGGUGCCCACUCUUAUCAGUUCUAUUCAAUAUAGUACUGAAAGUCUUAGAGCAAUUAGGCAAGAAAAAGAAAAGGCAUCAGAAUCAGAAAGGAAGAUGUAAAAUUGUCUCUAUUUGCAUAUUUUAUAUAUAGAAAAUCCUGAAGACUCCACUAAAAAAAAAAGUUAGAUUUUAUUAACAAAUUCAGUAAAGAUGCAGGAAUACAAAAUCAACAUACAAAAAGCAGCAGUGUCUCCAGACACAGAGAACAAACGUAUGGCUACCAAGGGGGAAGGGGGUGUGUGUGUAGGAUAAAUUGGGAGAUUGGGAAUGACAUAUGCAUACUAUUGAUAUUAUGUCUAAAAUAUAUAACUAGUGAGAACAUACUGUAUAGCACAGGGAACUCUACUUAAUGCUCUUUGGUGACCUAAAUGGGAAGAAAAUCCAAACAAGAGGAGAUAUAUGUAUAUGUAUAGCUGAUUCACUUCACUGUACAGCAGAAACUAACAUAACAUUGUAAGGCAACUAUACUCCAAUAAAAAUUAAUAAAAAAAAAAAGCAGUAGUGUUUUUAUACACUAACAAUGAAUUACUGGAAAAAGAAAUAAAACAAUCCCAUUGAUAACAGUAUCACAAACAGUAAAAUACUUAGGAAUAAAUUUGCAAGAGACAGAAAUAAAUGAAGAGAUUGCCUGCCUUCACUGACUGGAAGAAUUAAUGAUGUUAAAAUUUCCAUACUACCCAAAGCCAUCUAGAGAUUCAAUGUAAUCUCUACCAAAGUUCCAAUGGCAUUUUACCAAAUAGAAAACACAAUUCUAAAAUUCAUUAGGAACCACGAAAGAUCCUUAAUAGCCAAAGCAUCCUUAGAAAGAAGAACAAAGCUGGAGGCAUCACACGUCCUGAUUUCAAACUAUAUUACAAAGCUAUAGUAAUCAAACAGUAUGGUACUGGCAUAGAAACACACACACUUAGGCCAAUCAAAGAGCCCAGAUAUAAAUCCAUGCAUAUAUGGACAACUAAUAUUUGACAAGGGAACCAAGAGUACUCAAGGGAGAGAAAACAAUCCCUUUAUUAAAUGGUGCUGGGAAAACUGGAUAUUCACGAGGAAAAGAACAAAACUAGACGUCGUCUUAUACCACUCAUAAAAAUUAGCUCAAAAUGGAAUACAGACAUAAAUGUAAGACCUGAAACCAUAAAACUCCCAAGGAAAACAUAGAGAAAAAGCUCUCUGACAUUGGUCUUGGCAAUAAUUUUUCAGAUAUGACACAAAGCAUGAGAAACAACAUAAAAAAUAAGCAAGUGGGACUAUAUCAAACUAAAGAGCUUCUGUACCACAAAAGAAGCAAUCAACAAAAUGAAAAGGCAACCUACAAAAUGGAAGAAAAUAUUUACAAACCAUAUAUACGAUAAAAGCUUAAUAACCAAAAUAUAUAAGAAACACAUAAGCCUCAAGAGCAAAGAAACCAAAUAAUACAAAUUAAAAAUGGGUGAAGGGACCAAACAGACAUUUUUUCCAAAGAAGAUAUUCAGAAGGCUAACAGGUACAUGAAAAGGUGCUCAAGAUCACUGAUCAUCAGGGAAAUGCAUAUCAAAACCAUAAUGAAGUGUCACCUCACACCUGUUAGAGUGGCUAUCAUCAAAAGGAGAUAAUAAAUAGUGAUGAGGAUGUGAAGAAAAGGGAACAUUUGUACAUCAUUGGUGAAAGUGUAAAUUGGUGCAGCCACUAUGGAAAAGAAUAUAGAUGUUCCUCCAAAAAAUGAAAAAUAGAGCUAUAUGAUCCAGCAAUUACACUUCUGGGUAUAUAUCUGAAGGAAACAAAAUCACUAUCUUAAAGAGAUAUCUGUAUCCCCAUGUUCUCUGUAGCAUAAUUUACAAUAGCAAAGGUAUGGAAACAAUCGAAGCAUCCAUUGAGAAAUGAAUGGAUAAAGAAAAAGUAAUGGACUAUUAUCCAGCCAUAAAAAAGAAAAAAAUUUUCCAUUUGCAACAACUUGGAUGGACUUUGAGGGCAUCAUGUUAACUGAAGUAGG